AACUAACACAAAUAAGAAGCACAUUAUACAUAUAACAACUCCGAACAGACAAAAGCAAACACUCGCUCCUCGCGCCUACCUCGCUGCUGAGCACGCUCAGCAUCUCAAAAUGGUUGACUGGAUCAGCCUCGCGAUACCUUUCGCCUACCUAGGCAUUCUGAUCGGAUCACUUGCGACAUUCUCGUCUCUAUAUCGUAAACGAAAAUCAGCAAGAGCCCUAUCCCUCGCACCAUGGUUCCCAGCCCACCUCCAACGAGACAUUUACUUCUCCCUGCUCCAUCUCGAGCAACCAGCCGCCACGAAUGAAAAGAAGACCACCGCUGUACCCGAAACCGUCCUCAAGGCGGCACUGUUGCGUCGCGCUGCGGAAGAUAUUAAGCGUGUUAUAGCGAUUCGAGAUCAGAAACAGGCCUUGUCCCUGUUGUUACAGCGCGGUAGUGUAGGCGAUGAUUUGUGGCAGCGGUUUUUGAGGGCGGAGAAGGAGAUGGAGGAGGAAGUGCGCGAUGUUGUUCAAGAGGCAAACGCAUAUGUACCAAACUGGGGCCAAGUCAUAUUCCAAUCUGCGCGAGAAAUGGAUCAGAACAAUUUGUUCCGUCAGCGGAUUGAGGAAUAUCAAUCCAAGGUCGGUGAGGAGGUGGAAUGGUGGACGAGACGGAGAGCGGAGAUUCAGGAAGGGUUUAUGAAGGAAUUGGAUGCUGAGAAGGCCGGUACUACUACCCCUGCAGCAGCAGCAGCUGUAACGACUGCGGCAUCUGCUACGCCGGCAAAGGCAGAGUCGACGACGGUGACGGCUGCACCACCUUCGGUAACGGCUGUCAGUGACGAUGAUGGUGUUUUGGUGGAGGCUGAAGUACCCAAAAUCAAUAGUGGGACGAGCAGUGUCAAGAAGAAGAAGAAGGGCAAGAAAUAGAUAUUGUAUUGCAAUUAAUGUUUUCUUUUUCACGCAUAUUCGAUAUGUAAAACCACUUUGGGAGUCUGCAUUAUGGUGUUAGCGGUUCGUUUAGUGUACCUUUAUGAAGUCAUUGCAUGGUUCAACUAAGUCUAUAUAGUCAAGUCUAGAAAAGAGAGGUAUCCAAUAAUAUACAUGUGAAUAUAAACAACACGAAAAAAAUUACUGCAACGACUCAUGAUGAAAUCGUAUCGCCAAAUGAUGAACACCCAUCUCCUCCAUCGCAGCCACAAUCCGAGCUCUCACGUCCCGGUCCGAACCAGCGGGGACGACAGUGCGCUCAAUCACCGAGAUAAGCAGUUCGCUUAGAAUCUCUAACUGGUACUGCUUUCGCUCUUGGUCGCUAAGACUUUGGACAUCGAUACCCCGGGCUUGGAGCACUGAUGCCUUUCGAGUUUGUAGAGUGGCAAGGAUGUCUCGAAUUUGUUCAAUGUUUUCUUUUGAUUGUGGUGUGGUAGAAAGACGCCGUCGUGCUCGAACUCGAGAUCUCCUUGAUGUACCAGGCGGAUGGUUCUUGUCGUCAAUAUUAAUGUUAUUAGCUAUUCGGGCAAUUUGUAGAACCAGCAUACGAGCUGUAUUUUCGUCUGGGUAUAAGUUAAAUAAAUCCCUCAUCACAUAGAGCGCAACCAGAGUGCCACACAAAUCCUUUGAAAGACAGAAACAAAGCGUAAUCUGGUCGUAGAGUUCUUUUGAGAACUCUUCUUGUGUGAUCUUUUGUUUUCGUGCAUCGAGAGUUGAAUACCAUCGCAUCAUCAGGGUAAAUAGUUGACGCACAGUAGGGAAUUGUGUAUCGUACGCUGUCCUGAAUCGAUCGUAUUGAAGUUUACCGCAGUCCCAUAGGCAUGCAAACGUCUCUAGAUCAGGGGCCACUUGUCUAGUCAGAAGUUGAAAUUUCUCCCAAAGACUGUGAAUGUGCUGCUUUCGAAGUUCGGCAUAUAGGAGAUGGUUCAUGUAAUAAGAAUUGGGCCGAAUUUGAGCAUCGCCGAGACAUUUGUUUAAAUAUUUGACCAUGUCAUCAUCUCCGCGACGUGUAUAAUGGAGAAGUAGGAUGGAAAAUGUCUCGAUGUUUGCAGGAGGAAGCGUCCGCUUCAAGAAUGACGGUACACGACGAUCACCUGGAAGUUCGGGCACAGAAGGCUUUGUAGACUCUUCCGAGUGUUGUAUCCUACUCCAAACAGUAUCGAUCCGGUGUUGAAUCAUGGACCAGCCGAGCUGUUCAGCCUUGUCUCUCGAUGUAGCGCUUCCAUUUCGAAGCCAGCCUCCGAUUAUGCCAUUUAGAUGAAUGGCAUCCGGUUUCACGCCUCUCUCAAACAUAAGUUCGACAACAGCUGCGGCUGAAUCAACAUCGCCCAUGCCAAUAAGUUUCUUCAUCCAACUAGCGUAGAAGAAUUUACUCUGCAAGCGACGAGGUAGAAAAGUCAGAGCAGAAAGCGAUAUUUUGUUGACAACCUCUUCCUUGAUGUUCGAGCGUCGUAAGGGACCCUUGAGACCAAUAGCUCUUUGGAAGAUUGCCGUGGAAUCAUUCGCAGGAUCCUUUCCUGUUAUCAUCAUGUCCUUGAAAACAGCUAAAGCAAGGUUAACUUUGCCAUCGUUCAAAAAGGCGGUACUAAGUGCAUCGUAAUCUUCCAUUUUCAUAUCGGUACCCAGUAGGGUCUUGAGCUGAAGGUAAAUUGCCCAGGCUUUCGUAGCAGCCUGGGAACUAGUCUGCUUUGUCCAUGCCGUAGCUAUUGGGAUAAGUAUGCG